AGUUUGGCCAACCUUUGAAGGUCAUACGUGCCUUUAAAAAGGAUGUACUACUGUUCUACAAAUCAUUCUCGAGGAUAUCUUCUAUAAAGCUAUCGGGGAAAUUUUUCUUUGCUGAAGACAACKGAAGUUCUGCCACUAUGAAAAUACUCAUCGUUCUGGCCCUACCGUUGUUGGUCGUGUGGAGUAGUGCAGGAACCGACGUUACGGAUUCCUUAACCCUUCGUGUGUUCAACAAGGAUCUGUCGUUGAGCGAUGUUGAGAUGCACAAGAUCCUCAAGRAAGCCGACCUUGAAGGCCACGGUUACCUUAAAGAAGUGACGACGACAAUGAAACGCAGACCAGGCAGUAGCGAACCUGACUACGUCAAGACCUUCUUCUACUACAAGGUCGUUGCCUGUGACAAAGUCAUGAAGGUCGAAAAUGAACUCAACAAACUCUUGAAAGGUCUUCUUGGAUCAUCUGUUGCCAGAAAGGCUUACAAAGAUGUAACAGAAAGAAAGAUUAACUCAGGAAAGCAGUGCAAGGCAGGAGUAGAAGUUCACUUUCGAAGCAACCAAAGUUGUGGUCAAAAGAAAGCGCCUCGGGUCAAACGAGGUUGCGGUUGGUGUCUUAUCUGCUUUAGUGCAGUGGUGCAUUAACAUUAUUGACUCAAAAUUUCAGUCAACAAACAAAAAGAAAAUAUAAUUUCUUCUCUUCCUGUUAAUCCCAAUAAAUAACUCGUAAGAAAUAACUAGGAAACCGCAUGCAGUUGAAAUAAAAUGUUUUCCCCUAAAUCA